AGUACGAUACCUUGUGAGGCUCCAGUGUAAACAAACGUCUGGUGGUGUUGUUCACGCGGAGCCUUCCUUCUCUCUGCCCUGACAGGUUGACGCCCAGCGGCCGACCCCAGCAUGGAUAACUCGUCCUGGACAGCUCCCCCGGGGGCUGCUCAGCCCAUGGGGAUCCAGAGCACGGCAGGCGCCGUGCCCGUCAUGAAUGACAAGGGUGAGGUGUCCAUGAAGAAGGUGAAGGUGCAGCGUUAUGUCAGUGGUAAGCGGCCAGACUAUGCUCCAGCCUCAUCAGAUGAAGAGGAAGAGGAGGAGGAGGACUUCACUCGGCCACAGAGGGGCGCGCCUCCCUCACCUCCCCAACACAAGUCCUUGACAGAGGCCGAGAUGGCUGACCCCCGACUGAGGCGUCUGCUGGCCCAGCGCGCUCAGGCUGCAGGGAGUGAUGAAGAGAUGGAGACUGAUGUUCCAAGGAGAAGAGUGACUCACCAGGCCGAGGUGGUGGACCUGAGUGAAGGGGAGGAGGAAGACGACAUCAAGCAGGAGGAAGAAGACCAGAUGGAGGAAGUAGAGGAGGGAGAAGAUGAGGACCUCGAGCAUAUGCCAGAGCUCAGAGCAAGUCACCGCCUGGCCGAGUCUGAUAGCGAGUCUGAAGAUGAGGUGGAUGAGGACGAGCUUGCCCUGAGGCGCCUCAACCUGCGUCAGCGAGCACUGAUGAAGGUUCAGCAGCAGGAGGAGCUGCUGGGGAAGGAGGAGGAGGGUAGCGAGGAGUCGUCAGAGGAGGAGAGCUCAGAGUAUUCGGAGGAGACAGACUCGGAGGAGGAGGGGCCUCGACUCAAGCCUGUGUUUGUGAGAAAGAAAGACCGCAUCACCAUACACCAGAAGGAGCAGCAGCAACUCAAGCUCAAGCAGCAAGAGAUGGAAGGGAGGAAACGUGUGGAGGAGCGGCGUCGCGACACCCUGCGUCUGAUUGAACAGGAGCACCGAGCGGCUGGGGCAGCAGCAGGGCGGGGCGGAGUGGGAGACUCAGGUGACCCUCUCGACACCAUCAACACAGACGACGAGGCAGAUGACGCCGAGUACGAGGCCUGGAAACUGAGGGAGCUGCGACGUCUCAAGAGGGACAAGGAGGAGCGAGAGGCUGCCGAGAAGGAGAAGGACGAGGUUGACAAGCUGCGCACAAUGGGGGAGGAGGAGCGUCGGGUGGAGCUCCGCAACAACCCCAAGGUGAUCACCAACAAGGCCACCAAGGGCAAGUACAAGUUCCUGCAGAAGUACUACCACCGAGGUUCCUUCUUCCUGGAUUCAGAGGAGGACGUCUUCAAGAGGGACUUCUCAGGAGCCACUCUGGAGGACCACUUCGACAAGACCAUCCUGCCAAAGGUGAUGCAAGUGAAGAACUUUGGAAGGUCUGGGCGAACCAAGUACACUCAUCUGGUGGACCAAGACACUACCUCCUUUGACUCCCCCUGGGCCUCAGACUCUCAGAUGAACCACAAGUUCUUCAACGCCAACGCUGGAGGCAUGAAGCAAAGCUUUGACCGCCCCUCCCUCAAGAAGCGAAUGCCUCCCCCGCCCCCCAACAACCCCGCCCCCAGGAAGUAGUGAGGUGGUGCAGCAAUGUCUAGUGUUCAAAAGACUGGCACCAAGAACCAGCAUACAGGUUUAUGCUGAGUCAAGUGUGCAUUUUUUUUAGAACUACCAAACAAACUGAAUUUACUUUCCUCUGAGACUGACCACUGUUGACCAAAGUGUACAUAUUAUAGCCAACAGUUGGUUGAAAUAUAGGUAAUGCCAUGAGUGUACAGCUGAUGGUGUUAAGGAAAUUGUAUAUGUGCACAACUUUUAGAGAACAUUUUUCUGUCAUUUCUCAUCUUUCAAAUUAAUAAGCACACAUAGUACACACAAGUGAGGGGUACACUUACUACUGGUCUGGUAGGAGCAAUGGUACCCAUUUAACAUGGUUAGCUGUAGGUAUCUCCAGCCAGCUGCAGCAAUUUGUUGUUUAGAUUACUUCGUUUGAGCAGCAUAUAAUGUGAGUGAGACUGAAGCACACUCAGUCUUUACUGCAGUGUAUGCUCCUACCAAGAUGUGUGAAACUGAAGAGGUGUUCUUCACCAAACCCUUCUCUGUAUAAGAUCAGUGUUCCCCUCGGGACACACAGGAUGACUUCAGCAAAUCAGUCCAAGGUGCUCGGCACCCUUGAGGAGUCUGCUGUAAAUGAGUGCAUUGAAGAAUCUCCAAUCGAGGAUUGGUUUUGCUUCAGAGGAGAUGCUGGAGAAUAUUGAAAAGCCACACUGCCAGGCUUGCUGGCACUUAAGCUCUCCUAAGAGGAGACAAGGAGAGAUGUCAGGAGUCAUGUUGAGUAGGUCAAGGCCAUUUAAUUCUAAAUGACCUCUGACCUGCUUACUGAGUCCUGAAGAAGCUCUGCUCUGAGCAUCCCUCUCAGGGGAUCACUGGACACCAGAUUGUUGCCUUGAGUCAGACAUGGAUGGGCAGAGGACUCGUUUGGCUGAGUACUUUGAGCAAUUGUUAUAUGGCAGACCCACAGCCAUAAUUUGUGGGUUGUAUGUGGUCUUGAUUGCCGUAUGGUACUCUGGUACCAUUCCUCCUGACCGGAAGAGGGUGCUGGUUGUCCCUGUUGGUAAAGGGGACCAUCAGACCUGUAUCAAUUAUCAUGGUAUUACACUGCUUGGUGUACCAGGCAAGGCUCUUGCCCAACUAAUGCUCAUGCAAGUUUGCAACCAGCUGUGUCUGGGUUCACACCUGGUAAGUCAACAACAGCUGACUGUAUCCCAGUGCUUCGCUUACUGGUGGAGCACUGAUAAGAGUUUCAGCAGGGGAUGUUUGCAGCCUAUGUCAGUUUCAAGAAAAUAUUUGAGGAGCACGAGGCAGCAAAGCCGUUAAGCCAAGACUAAGGUGAAUGUGCUUGCAGUCUUACUGGAUGAAACAGUACAGUCUGUCCAUGGAAGUGGUGAGGGCAUCCAGAACUUGGGAAGUUUCAAAUACCUUGUCAGUGCAAUGCAGAACAAUGGUGGGUCACAUCAGGUGGUCUUGGUGGAUUGGGUUGGUCCAUGUUUUUUUUUAACUUGCUCAGCAGGAGUAGCCUAUGUGGUGUCAGUACCUGUGCCAAAGGACAAAGAUUCAGAUCUUUCUAGUUUUUUGUGCACAGUAAUUCACCAAACUACAAAUACCUAACCAGUGGAAGAAAACAUUUUUUAGGGCUAACUACGUCUUGCAUCCCUUGUUACAUCUCUGUUCUACCACUUAACCAGAACUCUGAUCCCUCCCUUCAGAUAUUCUUACUGUUUUGUAAGUACAACUAUUUAAUGUUUAAGAGGUCAACUGUAUUUAGCUGCGAGUGUUGAAUGAAUGUAGAUGAAUGUUACUUCAUAAAUUUUAAAAGACUAA